AUGGCGACGACGACGAGCAAUAACAUCAAGAGCUUACACGAAAAGCUCCGCGUGGAUUCCGGGAGCUUUCAGCAGUUGCAACAAGAACUGCAAGCGAACAUCGAAGCACGAAAAACGUUCACGCAACAAGCGACGGAAAACGAGAUGGUGUUGGAAGAGUUGAAAUCUUUAGAAGAAGGCGCGAACGUGUAUAAACUGAUCGGGCCGAUGUUAGCGAAACAAGACGUGGUCGAGGCGACGAGUAACGUGACCAAGCGAUUGGAGUUCAUAAACGCGGAGAGGUUGGUGAAACGUUUUGUUGACUUUUCUCGUUCUCGUUCUUUUUGUUUCUCAACGCGAUUGGAAAAAGCUGCGGAGGCUAUCGAGAAGAAGUUCGAUCAGACACAAAGGGAUAUUCAGAUUUUGCAGCAGCGAAUAGCGCAGUUGUCCACGGGCGCCGCCGCGGGAGGAGGCGGCGCGAUGUUGGACACGGCGUAA